GCCGCCCCGCGGCCGUGGCGGGAACACCCCAACCCCGGUGCCCGGAGGCCCGGGACGCUGUGAGGCGGGCGAGCGGGCGGACCGCUUCGGGCGACUCUGGGGUUCGUUCCCGGAGGCUGCAGCUCACACCCCAGCUCGCGGCCGCCGAGGAGAGCGCGGGAAGCGGCCCCGCGCUGAUUUGGCAUAAAAGUCUUUGGGGGAAAAAGGUGCCUGACUGAAGAAUGGCAGAAGCAGUCUUGAUAGAUCUCUCUGGUUUACAAUUGAACUCUCAGGAAAACUGUCAUCAGAUGGUACUGAAGACGCUGGAUGGUAUUCACGACCACCAUGCCCCCAAGGCCAAGUUCCUUUGUAUAAUAUGUUGCAGCGAUGCCACCAAUGGAAAGGGUGGGGAAUAUGGCCUCUGUGAACUGGAAGCAGGAAAUGGCUUUUCAAGUCUCGCGGGAAAAUUCGAGACUGUUAGCCAUCCCAGCCUGGCUGCCUCUUUGUAUUCAAUUAAACAAAAAAUAGAUGAGGACGAUCUGAGCCGCGUUAAGGUGAUUGUGCCCGAGCACAGGAGACUGUUGAUGGAGGCUUAUGUUGACCAACUCUUCACCGCGGUGUAUGAGUUUGAGUUUGAAGAUUUACAGGUAGCUCAGAGGGAAAGCCUUUUGAAACCGUCCACUGGCGUAAACGUGACCACAGCUCAUGAACUGGAAGACAUCCAGAGUGAAAUAGAAUCGUACUUGAGAAGCCUGCCAGCGUUGAAAGGGGACCUAACUAUUGUCACAUCUCCUUUGAUCCCAGACAUCUUCCUGCACGGAUUUACAACUCGGACAGGUGGCAUUUCUUACAUACCCACCCUCAGCUCACUCAAUCUUUUCAGUAGUUCCAAACGGAGAGAUCCCAAAGUAGUUGUUCAAGAAAACCUCCGCAGGCUGGCAAAUGCUGCAGGGUUUAAUGCAGAGAAAUUUUACCGAAUAAAGACUGAUCACGCCAGUGAAGUAUGGGUAAUGGGGAAGAAGGAGCCUGAAUCUUACGAUGGAAUAAUUACAAAUCGGAGAGGAAUCACAAUCACAGCUCUUGGCGCAGACUGUAUACCUAUAGUCUUUGCAGAUCCUGUGAAGAAAGCAUGUGGGGUUGCUCACUCUGGCUGGAAGGGCACUUUGUUGGGCGUAGCUAUGGCUACUGUGAAUGCUAUGAUAGCAGAAUAUGGCUGUAAUCUGGAGGACAUCAUUGUUGUUCUGGGCCCUUCAGUGGGAUCUUGCUGCUUUACUCUUCCCAGAGAAUCAGCAAUCUCAUUUCACAAUGUUCAUCCUUCGUGUGUGAGACAGUUUGACUCACCGAAUCCCUACGUUGACAUCCGAAAAGCCACCAGGAUUCUUCUAGAACGAGGAGGAAUUCUUCCACAGAAUAUUCAAGACCAGGAGGAAGAUCUUGACCUCUGCACAUCUUGCCAUCCUGAGAAGUUUUUCUCCCAUGUCCGUGAUGGCCUUAACUUCGGUACACAGAUAGGCUUCAUAUCCCUUAGAGAAUGAGGUACAGAGCCUCCUCUGUAAUGUCUCCCUCUUCAGUCUCCUUCCAUAGCUCCUCCCACUCACCUCCCUCUCUCCUCCU